CUCAAUUCACCCUUGCACUCCGGAAAAAAGCACUUUUUAGAAACUUUGGCAAAGGUUAAAGUCUAUCAAACUUAGUCCACUCUGUGCGUAACAGAUUCUUGGUUUUGGGAACAGAAAACUUUAAUGAGAUCAAAUGUUUCAUAAUGAGAAAAUUAGCAGAAUGUCGUUUUGUCCAGGGAUACAAGAAAAAUGUGUACUGUUGGUAGUACUCGAGGACCAGGAUUGGGAAACACUGUGGAGAGCUUCAUAAGGGCCCAGAUGUGGCUUAGGGAGCUGGUACCAGUAGGGAGCAAGGGGGAUCUUUCAGAGCUGCGACAGGUGACAUUACAGGAAGGACAUAGUCUUGCCAUUGACAGAGGCUUGCAUUUUAUGGAGACCUCGGCCAAGUCAGGGAAUCAAGUCAGUGAUCUGAUGCUGGCUAUUGCCAACAGGGUGAAGAGGUGUAUGAGUGAGCAUCAAAGCAGUCUGACAGAGUGGCAGGAGACAGAGUUAGUGAACCUGCGCCGCUCGGAGACCCUAAAGCACCCACUUGCAUCCUGUUGCCCCUCCAUUGGACCCUAAUGUGUGCUGUUUGAAUGUGUCUGAUAUUUUUUGGGGAGAAACUGUAUGUUCAAAGAUUUAAGGUUAACCUAAAUCAAACCAUACCUCUCUUAUUUGUACAAGAAAACUCAUUGGAAAUGUUAAAGUGCCUGUUGUUGCAUCCAAUCCCCCUGCCCAAUUUCUACUGUUUCUUUUACUUUGUUCAUCUUUGUAUAUUUUGUGUAUCUUUUACUUAUGUAUGUAGCUGUAUAUCUUUAUACU